AAAUCAUGUCCUUACAUUAUUAUGGAUAAGUUUCUUCAUACUAUUUUUUAAAAAAAAUGGUUAUAUAUAUUAUACUAAGAUCAGUGAUUCAUUUCUAAAAAAUAAAUAAAGUUGAAAUGAAUUUCGUAGACAAUGUGUGAAAAUUCAAACCAAGUUGAUGUACCUUGUAGGCAUUAUUAUGUGAAUGGAUAACGCGGUCUUCGAGUGUUUGCGUGUGUUAUCUAUCUUAUUAUCUGGAUACAUUAAUUCUAGGACAAUGACAUUUUUCUAGAACACUUGUUUAAUUUUCUUCUCUUUGAUUUCUUUCCAAAACUAUUAAUAAAACGUCAUAGCUUGUAAUAUUUUCUUUUCUUAGUAUUCUAGUUAAAUAUUUUGUGGCAAAACAAAAUUGAUUUAUGAAUCUUAAAUAUUUUGUUUCCAACAUCCAUUAACAAAAAUGUUAAAAUCAUAUUUCAAACUAAGCGAUAACAAAAAUACUAAAAGAAACUAAAGUGUCUUAUGAUAAUAAUAUGCAAAUCAACGGAAAAUCGUGAAAAAGACAGAAACUAAAAAAAAAAAAGAGAGCACAAGAUCUACCGCGAAACCUGAAAAAAACGUUUGACAUUACAAUCUUUCUAUAUUCUAGUAAAAUGUGUUGCAUUUGAAUUGAUUUGUUCAAACGUUAUUUUCAUUCCAAACACGCGAAGCAUGAUACUUCUGACGUAUAAAGUAUCAUUUGCGUCCUCCAUUUUUUUCUUUCAAUGAGCUCUUUUGGUAGCAUCUCAAACAUUUCUAAGUACAUUAUCAUGUGCUGCCUAUAAGCUUUUUAUAUGAAAAUAUAUCAAUUGAUGUCUAACUAAAACAAGUUAUUCAAAAGUUACAAAAAAAAAACAAUUUAUUCAAAAUAUUGUGUAAUUAAGGCAAACGGUUAUAAAAAAAAAUUCAACACUAAGAAAAUGAUAUGGUCAAAAAUCUAAAUAGUCUAUGAAAAUAAUUUAAAUAGUAUCAUUUUCAGUAUAGUUUUAGACAUAUUCAUUAUUGGUCAAACGACUCAAACUAUCUAAAGACCCUCUCUUUAUCCAGGAAAAUACCAUACAAUAUAUACUUUGAUGAGAGAUUAGAAACCACCACAAGCUGUCAUGUACACGAGACGAGAGCAAGAGCCGCCACUAGGCUACUUGUCUUCCCACAACAAAUAUUAUGGUUCAGAAUUUAUGAAAUUACGAUCUAUAUAUGUGUUUGAAAAUUUGUUUUUCUUGAAUCUGACAUUUGUCAUAUCUUUACCUACUUUGUGGUCAUUCAAUUAUUAUGUUGUUUUUUUUUUUUUGAAACUGGCUUCAAUUAUUAUUAUGUUGUUUUGUUCAAAAAAUCUUAAGUGUACUUUCAAGUUGCAACAUCAUAUAUAUUUAUUUUCGAUUUUAUAUAUGUCAACAUCACUCUUAUUUUUUUGUUUUCUCGGUUGGAAACAACAACUGUAGAUUCCUAUAAGUUUUGUUUUUGUAAAAGGAUACUCCAUUAUGAAACCUGUUCUCUGAAUAUCUAGAUAGACUAGCUUUCCAUAUCCUUAGAUAUUUUUGCUCGAAAAGUUUUUGUACCAGCAAUUUAGCUUUUCAAAGCCAAGUAGCCAACGUUUUGCCUCUACUCCAUACGGUAAAAUUUUCUUAGCAAUAUGAUCAACUAGUACUUUUAAUCAAACUUUUUUAAAAGUUGUCAGAAAGCACUUUAUUCGAAUGAGAAGGUGUUAAUGUUCCUUUUAAUGGCUAAAAUGGAAUAUGAACGUUAUCUCACAAACUAAUACGUAUAAAUGUAUCUGAACUUCAUUUGGAUAUUGGAUAUUGGAUAUUGGAUAUUGGAUAUUGGAUGUUGGAUGUUGGAUAUCGCUGCUGAAGCCAAACUCGUCGAUCCUGUUUGAGUAAUCUCCAUGAUGUGCAUCUUCAUACACUAUCCUUAUUUUUCCAAUUUUAAUUUCAAACAUGUUUUCUAGUUUGGAGUCAUUAUUGAUAUCAUUUAUCAGAGUUAUUCAAAUGUAUAUUAUAAAGUCAAAAAACUGUAUAUUCAGACAUUUGCGUAUAUAUGUACAUUUCAAAUAUGUUGUUAAAAAAAUGUACAUUUCAAAUCAUGAAUGUUAAGAUGUCUUCUUAUUUUUUCUAUAAGAAAAAUUAUUGAAUAAAGGCCAUUCUGUAACGGGCUAUUUUAUAUGAUUAAUAAAGAAAAAGGCCUCCGAGCCCGGUCCAAAAACAACACCCCGGUUAGUUAGUGCAAUUUGACGCGCGCACACUCGUAAAAGUUUGGUAAUCCCACGCUAACAUGCACCGACGGCGGAGUUUAAAAUAAUUUUAGGAAAAAAAAAAUUCAAUAUUUAAAAUACUUUCUCUCUCUCUCUCUCUCUCUCUCUCUCCACCUCCUCUUCUUCUUCUCCGUCGUUGCGCAACCGCACAGUUUCAUAUCGUUUCACUCUCCUCUCUCUCUCUUUUCCCCAAGUAACGAUUCUACCGCUAUUGCUUGUAUUAGCCCCAACGGUUUCACAGUGUUGAUUUGGUUAGGAAACGAAAGGAAAGAUAAUACCUUUUUUUUUUGUUAAUCGGAAUCGGAAUCUCGAAUCUAGGGUUUUAGAGUGGUGGGUGGUCUUGUCCAUGGUUUAAUCUGAUCCAUUGAGAUGGGUAGUAGUAAUGUCGAAAUCCCCAAUUGGCUAAAGGCCAUGCCUUUGGCACCCGUCUUCAGACCCACAGACACCGAGUUCGCAGAUCCCAUUGCUUACAUCUCCAAGAUCGAGAAACAAGCAAGCGCCUUUGGGAUCUGCAAGAUCAUUCCUCCUAUCCCCAAGCCAUCGAAAAAGUAUGUCUUUUGCAACUUGAACAAGUCUCUUUUGAGGUGUCCUGAGUUAGCUUCUGGUGUAGACGUCUCUAAGCUUGGGCAAGAGGAUAGAGCUGUGUUCACCACUAGACAGCAAGAGCUAGGCCAGGCUAGGAAAAAGAGCAGAGGAGGAGAGGGUGGUGAUGUUAAGCAGGUGUGGCAAAGUGGUGGCGUGUACACGUUGGAGCAGUUUGAGUCAAAGUCGAAGGCUUUUUAUAAGAGUCAGUUAGGGACGGUUAAGGAAGUGUCGCCGGUUGUGGUUGAGGCGUUGUUCUGGAGAGCGGCUUCGGAGAAGCCUAUGUAUAUAGAGUAUGCGAACGAUGUCCCUGGCUCGGCCUUUGGCGAGCCGGAGGGGCAUUUCAGGCAUUUCCGGCAGAGGAAGAGGAGAGGGAGAGGGUUUUACCAGAGGAAGAAUGGUGAGAGUUCGUUGCCUGUUGUGUCUCCGAGUUUAUCAGCUCAAGAUCCAUCCAAGAAGAAGAAUAUGGAUGUUGUUGUUGUUGAUGAAAUGGAAGGUACUGCAGGGUGGAAGCUUUCAAACAGUUCGUGGAACCUUCAGAUGAUCGCACGUUCGCCUGGCUCUGUGACACGCUUCAUGCCGGAUGACAUACCUGGUGUGACGUCUCCCAUGGUUUAUAUCGGUAUGUUGUUCAGCUGGUUUGCCUGGCACGUUGAGGACCAUGAGCUUCACAGUAUGAAUUAUCUUCACACUGGCUCGCCAAAGACUUGGUACGCUGUCCCUGGUGAUUAUGCGCUCGAUUUCGAAGAGGUUAUCCGCAAGAAUUCUUAUGGCAGUAACCUUGAUCAACUGGCUGCUCUCACCCAACUAGGAGAAAAGACAACUCUUGUAUCACCUGAGAUUAUAGUUUCAUCUGACAUUCCUUGCUGUAGGUUGGUACAAAAUCCUGGUGAAUUUGUUGUGACUUUCCCAAGGUCUUAUCAUGUAGGAUUCAGCCACGGUUUUAACUGUGGGGAAGCCGCCAAUUUUGGAACUCCACAGUGGCUCAACGUAGCUAAGGAAGCUGCUGUGCGUAGGGCGGCCAUGAAUUAUCUCCCCAUGUUGUCCCAUCAGCAGCUUCUAUAUCUCUUGACCAUGUCCUUUGUUUCAAGAGUGCCACGCUCGUUGCUGCCAGGUGGUCGUAGCUCCCGGCUGAGAGAUCGACAGAGAGAAGAAAGGGAGUUCCUUGUGAAGAAAGCUUUUGUAGAAGAUAUAUUGAACGAAAACAAGAAUCUAUCUGUUCUACUUGGAGAACCGGGCUCUCGUUUGGUGAUGUGGGACCCUGAUCUACUUCCGCGUCAUAGUGUCCUGGCUCUUGCAGCUACUGGAGUUGCUACCACUCCUGCGGUUUCAUCACCAGCAGAGGCAAAAAGUGAAAUUGAGAAUAAGGAGGAGAACCCUAGUCUUUUAGAGGAAUUGAGUUUGUUCAUGGAGAAGCUGAAAGAUGUGUACUACGACGAUGAUGACGGUCAGCUUAAUGAUUUCCAAAUUGAUUCUGGAACCUUGCCAUGUGUGGCGUGUGGCGUUCUUGGCUUCCCUUUUAUGUCUGUGGUACAGCCUUCUGAAAAUGCAUUAAAAGAUCUCUCAGAGAGACAAGGAGAGAUAGAUGCUCUGGAAGAUAAGGCAGAGUCAUCAGAAAAGUCUAACUGUGAGUGGAACACGUCAUCCAGAUAUAUAAGACCUCGCAUUUUCUGCCUUGAACACACUAUCGAACUUCAGAGACUGCUGCAGUCAAGAGGUGGACUGAAGUUCCUUGUAAUUUGCCAUAAAGACUUUCAGAAAUUUAAGGCGCAUGCGGCUAUAGUGGCAGAGGAAGUGAAAGUCCCUUUCAGAUAUGAUGAUGUCUUGUUAGAGAGUGCGUCUAAAGAAGAGCUGAGUCUAAUUGAUCUUGCAAUCGAAGGUGAAGAAAAUAACGAGUACGGCGCAGACUGGACCUCGAAACUCGGCAUCAACUUACGGUACUGUGUCAAAGUGAGGAAAAAUUCUCCUACUAAUAAGAUUCAGCAUGCGCUGUCUCUAGGUGGCUUGUUCUCGGACUCGAGCCACGUGCUGGAUAUGUCAACUAUCAAAUGGCUGCAGAGGAAAUCACGCUCAAAAGCUAAACCCUGCUCUACUACCUCGGGUUUCACAUCUCGUGAACGUCUUGAGGUAAAAGCAGAGAGAAGAUUAGGGGAGAAAGAAGAAGUUGAAUCACAAGGGGGAAGAAAGGAAGAAAAGAUCAUCCAGUACUCGAGAAAGAAAAAGUUGAAUCCCAAUGCCAAUAGGUCACGUCAUGCUAGUGCAGUUGAUUCUGAGAUGAAUAAUGAGAUUGGAGACUCUGCUGAUCUUACUUCCGUAACCAGAGAGCACCAGGGACACUCUGUGGCCCUAGAACCUAGAACUACUAACGCUAACAGUGAGGAGGAAGAGCAAUCACAGGUGGUGCUACCUACCAAUAGAGAAGCUGUAUCUGAAGAUAUAAGGCACACUGAGCAACAAGAAGAGCAAACACAUUCUUCAGCUCAAGUGGGUUUAGAAGUUUCUGAAACCAACAUUGCUAGUGAGAAGAUAGUUGUGGACAUGGUCCGUGACGAUGACCCUCUGGCAAGCAACGGUGAUGAAGCUUCUUCAAGUGGCUUGCAAGCUGCAGAUGAUGAAAAUAGCAUGGAGAGCGAAGUUGCAAGCUCAGGAAACACCAAGGUUAUCGUGGAAGCAAAGAAGAAGCGGAAAAUAGAAUUAGAGUCUGAGACGAAUGAUUAUCAUCCAGAGAGUAGCAUUGGUUUCAUAAAGAGUCCUUGUGAAGGGUUGAGGUCAAGGGGAAAGAGGAAAGUGACAUGCGAAGAAACUUCAUCCAAUCUCAAUGAAGCGAGCGAUGAAGAGAAGAAACACACUGCGAAAAGGCUCAAGAAAACUCCAAAUACUGGCUCAACGACAACUCAGCACAACCUUUGUUACCAAGAGGGAUGCAAGAUGACGUUCAAGAGCAAAGCGGACUUAGCAGCUCACAAGAGGAACCGAUGCACGCACGAAGGGUGUGGGAAGAAGUUCAGGGCUCACAAGUAUCUGGUGCUUCAUCAGCGCGUUCAUAACGAUGAAAGACCAUUGGCGUGCCCUUGGAAAGGAUGUUCAAUGAAUUUCAAAUGGCAAUGGGCGAGGACUGAGCAUCUGCGUCUGCACACUGGGGAACGACCGUACAAAUGCAAGGUCGAGGAGUGUGGGCUUUCGUUUAGGUUUGUGUCGGAUUAUAGCCGUCACAGACGGAAGACUGGACAUUAUGUGACAUAGAGAUUGUGGGGAUGCAAGAGAGGUUAAAAGAGCCUCUCUCUGUGGAAUUGUUGUAAACUUUAGUUCUGGUUUGUUGUUUUACUUUUUAGUUUGAUUGUCUAGUGUUUUCAUGUCUCUUUCUGUAGUGUUUCAUUUUCAUGAAGGUUGCCUCACACUCUUUUGUUUUUGCUUUGUUUUUUAACUAAGUCACAAUCGGCUUUUAAAAUGUUGUUAAUGUGAAUGAUUCUCGUACAAAAUCUCUUACUGUA